CAUCACUUGUUUUGGCGCAACUUUGCAGGUCGGCAGCAAAUUUUGGUAAAUUUUCGUUGGUGUUGGUGGCGGAAGGAUGGACAAAUUUCUCUUGAAAAACUCACAGGAUGGACAAGACAGCAGCAUUGAGGCAAUUGAGGAGGACAACCAGCUAGCAAAAAGGCAGCGAGUCGGAAGAUCAUCGGUGUGGGGCCAUUUCGAAAAAAUAAACAACGGUAUGUCGGCAAAGUGUCGCUCUUGCGGCAAAAUGUAUAAGACGAGCGGAAAUACCUCAAAUUUAUUUGACCACCUGAAGCGUGCGCAUCCCGGUCAGCGUGUUAACGAUUUGUCAAUCACAUCUGGUAAAAUAGAUACAUAUUUAAACACAACAUAUGAAUCUACGUCAAAGCGCAAACAAGAGCUUGAUUUAGGACUCAUAAAAUUUGUAGCUCAAGGCAUGCAACCUUUUUCAAUAGUUGAGGAUCCUGAGUUUCGCGACUUUAUCAAACUAUUCGACCCACGCUACAAACUACCGUCGCGGACUACCCUCUCUAAUGUCAUGAUGACAAAUUUAUUUGAUGAGCAGAAACCUAAAUUAAAAAAUUUGCUCAGCAAAAUAAAUCACUGUGCCAUCACAACUGAUAUGUGGACGUCCCUGGCAAAUGAAUCUUAUAUGACAGUCACAUGCUCGUUUAUUACAGAUAGUUACUGUCUUCGCUCUGCUGUUUUAUCAACAAAUAAGCUAAUUGAUGAAACAAAUCAUACUGCUAAGAAUAUAGCAGAUACCCUGCAGGCUGUUUGCAACGAAUGGGGAAUUUUUGAUAAAAUAACUGCAAUUGUGACCGAUAAUGCAAGCUCAAUGAUCAAAGCGUGUGAGCUGCUUAAAAAAAGGAAUUUACCCUGCUAUGCACACUCACUUAAUUUGGUGGUGCAAGAUUGCCUUAAGCUGGAUUGCACAAAAGAAUUACUUAAAAAAUGCAAGUCCAUUGUCGCGUUUUUUAAAAGUAGCACGAUUGCUUACAAGAAAUUUAAAGAUUCUCAAUUGACGGAAACUAAAUAUAGUCUAAUACAGGAAGUUGCCACCAGAUGGAACAGUGCAUUCCUAAUGAUUGAAAGAGUCUUAAAAACACAUGAAGCAAUCAAUAUAACACUUCUAAGUUUGUCGAAAGCGCCACAGCCUCUCACAGCUGACGAAAUCAACAUAAUAAAAGACUUGUCACAAAUACUUUCUCCCUUUGACAUUGCUUCCAAAGAAGUGUCAUCGAAUUCUAAAGUCACAGUAUCACUAGUUAUUCCAGUUACUUGUGGCCUCUUAAACAACUUGGAAAAUAGCACAAAAAAUCUUCUUACCGAAGUUGUACAAGUACGAAGAUCGCACAGUAACUAG